AUGUUUAAAUCUUGUUUAAGUACAACUUCAAAAAUAACAUUUCCUUUGUCUAUAUUAAAGAAUACUAAAAACUAUUCUGUUAAAAUGUCUAAAUUUGAUCUUCCUGAACGUUUCAAAGGCAAUGAGAAAUCAAUAUGGGUGGAAUAUUCCCAAUUGGCUUUAAAAUAUAAACCAUUAAACUUAGGACAAGGAUUUCCAGAUUUUUCUGCUCCAGAAAAUAUAACAAAAGCUUUAACUAAUGUAACUACUAGCAAUAAUCCUCUCCUAAACCAGUAUACUAGAGGAUUUGGUCAUCCACGUUUAGUAAAUAUUAUUGCAAAAUUAUAUUCUAAGCUGCUUAACCGUACUUUAGAUCCAAAUAAUGAAGUUCUUGUAACAGUUGGUGCUUACGAAGCAUUAUAUGCUGCUUUACAAGGUCAUACUAACCCUGGUGAUGAAUGGAUAAUUAUUGAACCUUUUUUUGAUUGUUAUGUACCUAUGGUUCAAUCUGCUGGAGGGAUUCCAAGAUUUAUUGCUUUAAAACCAAAAAGCACAAAUGGGCCUCUUUCUUCUGCAGAUUGGAUAUUCGACAGACAAGAAUUAGAAAGUCUUUUCAAUGAAAAAACAAAAGGAAUAAUUAUUAACACUCCACAUAAUCCGGUGGGAAAAGUUUUUACUUUAGAUGAAUUACAGUUUAUUGCUAAUUUAGCUAAAAAAUGGAAUGUCCUCGUUAUCUCGGAUGAAGUAUAUGAAUGGCUUGUUUAUGAACCAUAUAAACAUAUUAGAAUUGCGACAUUAUCUGAUAUGUAUGAACGUACAAUUACAAUUGGAUCUGCUGGUAAAACAUUCAGUGUCACUGGAUGGAAACUAGGAUGGGCCUAUGGUCCAGCCAAUUUAUUAUAUAAUUUGCAAAUUGUUCAUCAAAAUAGUGUAUAUACAUGUAAUACACCAGUUCAAGAAGCUGUAGCUAUUGGGUUUGAACAAGAAUUAGAUAGAUUUGGUAAACCUGAUUGUUAUUUUGUAAGUUUAGCAAAGGAAUUAUUACCAAAACGAGAUUAUAUGGCUAAAUUUCUUAGCGAUGUGGGGAUGAUUCCGACAAUCCCUGAAGGUGGAUAUUUUAUGAUAGCCAAUUGGACAGCUUUAAAAGAUAAAGUGAGAUUAGAGGAAGAAACAGAUGGGGGCAAAGAUUAUCGUUUUACAAAAUGGAUGACGAAAAACGUUGGAGUUCAAGGAAUUCCGCCAUCUACAUUUUAUAGUCCCGAACAUAAGUACUUAGGUGAAGAUAGCGUACGAUAUUGUUUUAUAAAGGAAGAUAAAAACUUGGAGAAAGCAGCUGAAAUUUUAAUGAAAUGGAAAUCUCAGUAAUAUUAGAAAUUAUUUCUACUCUGUAUUUUAGAUACUAAAUUUUUGAAAGUUUAUUUAGAAUUUCCCUUAAAUUUGAUUGUACAACAUUAUAUAUAAUAUAUACUCUUUCAGACUCACUAUAUACAGUUUGUAUAAAAUAUUGUUAUUGU